UAUCAUAUACAUAACUUUUAUUACUGUAUUGUACUGUGUAUUUUAUUGCCUUUUUGGCACCAGUUUUUCCUCCUCUUACUCUUUGAGCUGAUUAUUUUCUAUUCCCUGUUCUUUCUCUCAUUUUUCAUUCAGUUAAAAUGCAUUACUACUUCAUAACCCACACCCUACUCAUAGCCUAUUGACACAGCUAUACACAGAGAGCCAACCUGUGGGGGAGGGUGUGUGUGUAAGAACUCAGGUGUGUCCUAAGUAUUUCUGUCAUUCAGCAACCAAACCAUCAAUGAGAAACACAGAUGAAAGCACCGGCUAUUACUGCUGAGCUAUUGUCCAUCAGCAGCACCAACGGGCACUGAAGACUCACUGACUCUCUGCUGUACUUCUAUAACAUUGGAGAGAAGAAAUUGUGCAACAAGUUAUUUUAUCUUUUAGUGCAACCCCAGACUCGUGGCCUAGCACCUUGAAGAUGGGUACUUUCAUAGGACAUAUCUCUCCCGGAUUAGCUUUCUUGUCUUUUGGCCUCUUGUAUGCUGUCCGCUACUCCUGGAUGGUACUCAAUGGUUGCCGUGACCAGUAUCCACCAAGGAACAUGUCGACCCGUGGUUUUUUGAAAUCAUUGCCAGCUGAGGGUAUAAUGAAGUUAAUUUAUGGUUUUUUGGCUGUUAUGGCAGAAUUCUUCUUUCCACCUGGGGUUCAGAAACUUCGCUUCUUCAAUUUAAGUGAUCCUAAUUUUCAUUUCCAGAACCCUAAUGAAUGGCAGCAUGCCACCAUGUAUGGAUACUUUUGCAUGAGCGGGGCAUUGGAUAUCAUAAGUCAAGCUUGUCUUUCCACUCGCUGCCCACUACUUGAACAUGUUGGAGUCACUGCUGCCUUUUUUGUUACCACCCUUCUUCUUAAGUUCCAUGCUCAUGGUAAGGAAGCUGUUGAGAUGCAGGUUCACUUAUUACUUCUUCUUACAUGUGCCAUCACAUGUGCUAUCUUGAUUUUUGAACUUUGGUGGCCCAACCAACCCAAUCUUUGGUUUACCAAGGCAUGGUCGGUGCUAGUUCAGGGAACAUGGUUGCUUCAUGUCGCUUUUAUUUUGUAUAAGCCCCCCACUGGUCAUUAUUGGAAUGGGGAAGACCCUGCUGAUCUCAUGUUCCUCACAACCUUCUACUGCUGGCAUCUGGCCUUUAAUGCAGGCUUAACAGGAGCUCUGUUUUGGGCCACCUACCUUGUGCACCGUCGUUUUGGGGCUAAAUUCAUAAAUGCAGGCUACCAGCUGGCGGAAAAGGGAGAGUUAGAAAAACUUACGCUAGAUGAUGGGGAUGAGGAACUUUAAAUUACAUGUAAGCAUUCAUAUUCUCAUACUAGAAAUAGCAGAUAAGAAAAAAUGUCAUAUAAAUGACUACAAUAAAGAACAGGAUGUGUCAAUCUUGGGAGUACUAGUGACAUACAAAAGAAGAUCAAAAAGGAGUAGGUAUUACUUCAAAUAGACACAGAAUUCCUCAUUUACAAAAAAUAGCUAGGAAAGUGAAGGAUGGAGCUAAUCACUUCACAAAUAACAUACUACAAUGGUAAAUAGUCCAGUGAAUGCCUUAAAUGGAACCACCAUAUAUUUCUGCCUAAAGUGGCAUUUAUUACAGCUACAGUUACUCUGUCAAAAUGGAAAUAUUAUUUAAGAAUUUAAGAUUUAAUUGGCAAAGUGUAAUGUGAUAGCCUGCAGUUCAUCAGCAUAAUUUA